AUGGCUGGAAAUGACUUAAAUUCGUUCAGAAAAAAAUGGAAACAUGAAAUCAAAACAAAACAACAAAGCCUUGUUGAAAAUUGUAAAAAAAAUCAAGCGUGCAACAAAAAUGACUCGACAUCUGAUGACUGCCAGAACGAUGGUAAUUCGAAUGCUAUAGAAAGGAUUUUUAACACCUCGGAAUAUAACAGCAUUGCGGAAAUGACAUCUGUGUGCAAGGAGCUGGAUAAUUCUGAAUAUUUCCACACGGUUUCUAAGAAACCAAAGAUAGAACCGAAACAACCAAUAGCAUUACUAACGCUAGAAAUUCCAAGCUACCAUCAAUCAGAAAGUAUACACAUUACCAAUAAAACAAACAACCAAUCAAAUGCUUCCAUACUGCAUGGCCAAGUUGACGAAGAUUUACUAUUGUUAUUGAUCCGAGAUAUUGAUGAGACAACUACGAUUCCAUUCUUUGACAUACGCCUUCCCAAGGAGAUUUGCAUAAAAAUUCUCAGUCACUUAGAUGUAGCAGACUUAUGUAGGUGUUCCUGUGUUAGUAAGGCAUGGGCUUCCAUUGCUAACGAUGAGUUACUGUGGUAUAACGUGUACAAGAGACUAGGCUUCAAGGAUCAAGGGAGUAACGUCAGGGAACAAGUUGACUGGAAAGGCCUUGUGAGCGAUGGAAUUUUAAGGCGGCGUUUGGUCACUCAGAAUUGGAAGGAGCGAAUAUGUCAGAUUCAAACUUUCGAAUAUGAAAAAGGUUUUGUUUAUGUGUAUAUGAACCAUGUUUAUUGCUUGAGCAAAAUGACAUUAGGUACCAUGCUAUUUGCUGAGAUCUUUCAUGUGUUUUUUGUGAGGUCAAAUUACUCUUUAUGGUGACCUCACUAAUAUGGACACCUGUAAUAUGGACACAACCCUAUUACAGCCACUUCUCUGACAUAAACACCUUUCCAAUAUGGACAUCUCUCCAAUUUGAACAUCUCUCUGAUGUGGAUGCCUCUCCAAUACAGACACCUCUUUAAUACAGACACCUCUCUAAUUCAGACACCUCUCUAAUACAAACACCUCUCUAAUUCAGACACCUCUCUAAUUCAGACACCUCUCUAAUUCAGACACCUCUCUAAUUCAGAUACCUCUCUAAUUCAGACACCUCUGUAAUACAGACACCUCUCUAAUUCAGACACCUCUCUAAUUCAGACACCUCUCUAAUUCAGACACCUCUCUAAUUCAGACACCUCUCUAAUAUGGAUACCUCUCUAAUACAGACGCCUCUCUAAUUCAGACACCUUUAAUACAGAUACCUCUCUAAUUCAGACACCUCUCAAAUUCAGACACCUCUCUAAUAUGGGCACCUCUCUAAUUCAGACACCUCUCUAAUUCAGACACCUCACUAAUAUGGACACCUCUCUAAUACAGUCACCUCUUUAAUACAGACACCUCUCUAAUUCAGACAGACACCUCUCUAAUGCAGACACCAGACACCUCUCUAAUAUGGACACCUCUAAUACAGACACCUCUCUUAUACAGACCUAUCUAAUACAGACACCUCUCUAAUAUGGACACCUCUCUAAUAUGGACAUCUUUCUAAUACAGACAUCUCUCUAAUACAGACACCUCUCUAAUUCAGACCCCUCUAAUAUGGACACCUGUGGCUGUCUAAAUAUGGGCAUCUCUCUAAUAUGGAGACCUCUUUAGUACAGACACCCAUCUAAUAUGUUUUACAGGCACUUCUCUAAAAAAAUUGUCCUAUUUGCUUUAGGAGGUGUUUUAACAGCCUGUCAGUUACGUGAUGAUCUACUGAUAGCAGGCUAUGCCAAUGGUAAGACAUGUCUGUGGAAUAUUGAGAGCAACUGGCAACAUUCUCUCCAGGCUUCAGCAGAAGUACAUCAGGAUCCAAGCAAAGCAAGUGUUGAAUGUGUUGCAGUCCUUGACAAUGUCUGUGCCACAGCUUUUUCAUGUGGUGGGUUAUACUUUUGUACAAUGGAACCCUUUAUUAACGGAGACCUGUCUUAAGCAUACGUACCUUUUAUAAGUGGGCACACCUUUUAAGUAUCCAGCAGUAAUCAAACACGUGUACCUGUGAUUCCGGUGAAGCAAUGAACACAGAGCUACAGUACAUACAGAAGAGUUCAGUUGCCAAGCAUACCACAAAUUCUCAUGUAUAUGGUGAUGCCAGUGUAGAACACUCAGUUCAAUCUUGAAUAUUUACCCUGGGAUAUAUACCUUACACUCGCAUCAAGUACAUAAUUUAUACAAGAACUUGUGGUCAAUUAAUGCUUGGCAACUGGACUCUAGCUCAGUGGUCAGAGCGCUGCGCUGUUUAAAGUGCAUAGUCUCACUCGAUAUUCCACCUACAACAACCUUUGAACAUUCAAACUCAUUAAUAAUUCAUGUGUAAAUUAGCCAACCAUAUUGCUUUAUUUUGCUCACAUGAUAAUACUGGAUACCUGAUGAAGUACAUUGAUCCAGUCCUAGGACUGGAUCGAAAUUAAUUCAGUCCUUGGACUGGAUCAAAAUUAAUUCACCUUACUUUAAGCACUGAUUUAUUCGUAUGACAUGUCAUUUCAAAUCGUCCAAUUCAGGCUGGACUUCAAGUCCUCACAUUUUGAUCCAGUCCUCGGGUUCGCCUCGGACUUGAUCAAAUGGGCGACUUGCUCUUUAGAAAAAUUUUUAAUCUGGGAAUAACAAAGGAUAUUUUCGGAAAGAAGUUAUCAAAAUUAGAAAAACUGCAAAGUUUGGUUGCAUGCGAAAUGUUGUAAAAUACGGAAAAUUGUAAAAUUGUAUGUUGUAAAAUACGGAAAUUGGUAACUAAUUUAGUUACCAAUUCACGCACGUAAUACAAAUGUAUACAAAUUUGCCAACUUUGAAGGGCUAUAUUUUCCGUAUUUUACAACAUGUUGCAACCAAACUUUGUAAUAUUGCUAAUUCCAAGACGCUCUUUCUAGCUGUGGUGAUAUAUUUCGUUGUUCUUACUUAGAUUAAAAUUUAGUCUAAAGCGCAAGUCGUCCAUUGCGCGGACUUGAAAUCUAGUCCAGUCCUCAUAGUACUAAUAAAUACUACUUUGAAUACUACUUCGAAUGAAAUACUACUUCGCUAUCGAGCGAGAUGCCUGUAUAGUUUUUUCUUAGUUAACAUUAGUAUAUACCUUUUCUUAACACUAUGUAGGUAUUGUAAACGUAUGGCAUACAGACAUCAGUGUUGACCCAAUCUACCAAUACCACGUGGGUAUACCAGCCAAUCAUAUUGCUUUGGCUUCAAAAGAGACUCCACUACUACUGAAUAUCAGUGGUACAGAUGUCCGUAUUGAUCAAGUGAAUGACGAGGGACAAUGGCAGUUCAUGCACAGUCACACAUUUGAAGACAAGGUAGAGACUCAGUAGAAUUAUAUUUCCCUUUGUUAAACACUGAAUUAGUUUCCUCAAACAUUUCUUACAAAUCCUUCAAAACUUUACCAAUGCAAAAUUCCUACUGUGAUCACAGAAACUUUGAUAGUGUAAACCAUCCUUUACUGGACCUCUGGGAAACACAGCUUAGAAAAAAUGAUGGAAUUAACUACAGUAAAACCCCGCAUAUAAGAACCUAGAAUUUAAGAACCUGUCAGGCUAAAAUAUUUUAUUUAGACCCACUUUAAAUAAGAACCUGUUCAGACUAGAAUUUCAAGUAGAGUCAAAAUUAAGUCAUACGUUACAAUCAAUGUAGCUUUAAAGGGUUGGUAUAGUGCAUAUACUGUCAUAUUUUAGAUCAUAUUUGUGCAUUAAUUUAAAUAUAAAGCAUAUGCCACACUCCCUAAAAUGAGUUGCUUUUCUCUGAAGAAAAUAUAAGAACCUAUUUAAGAACCUGUUUAGCCUAAUUUCCUGGUAAGCACCAUUUGCAUAAGAACCUGUUUAGGCUAACUUGGAAAAUCUAGGUUCUUAUAUGCGGGUUUUACUGCAUCAUGAAUAGAGAUUGCUUAAUUACGUUUGGCAGGCUGUAUACCGCGUAAACGACUCUUGGUUAUAUUAUGAUUUGUUCCUCGUGUAGGUAAGUUUCGUAGAGACCCUACCAGACUGCUCGGAUGCAAAUAAAACAUUGUUCGCACUGUCUUUGAAAGAAGAUAUAUUCAUUUACGAGGCAAGGCUGAAUGUGUUCAAAGAGCUUGAUAAAGUUGCUGGAACGAAGGUCACAUCUCUUGCCUGUGGCGAGGGAUUGAUUGCCGUUGGUUGGGCACCAUUUGGAUUUGGUAUUGGCACUGAAUUUACAGCCAAGGUAAGAGGAUUUUGACGUUUGCAAUUUGUCUCCAAUCACUGGAUCAUGACACACGUGAAAAUCUCACAACUUGUCAACAAGAUGUGUUCGCAACAGGCUUGUAGCAAGCUUAUCAACAAGUUGUAACAAUGCUGUUGUUUUAUCAAGUUGCUACAGGGUUGUCACUCACAACUUGUUGACAAAUUGUUGAAUUGCAGGACGAUAACAAGUUGUUGGAAUAACUUGUAACAAAUCUUUCGAGCUCAACAGCCUUGUGCCACAAGUUGUCAACAAGCCGUUGACAACUUGUCAAUAAGAUGGGAACAAGCAGUGCGAACACAUCCUGUUGAUAAGUUGUUGGAACAGCAUUUCUACAGGUCUGCUGCAGGUUUGUUACAACUUGUGCGUUUUUACGUGUGCAGAUGGUACUAAUAAUCCCCAUUAAGGCCAACUUUGUUGAUUAGACAAUUACCUUUUUUGGCUGUAUAUUUCAGGUCCGUCUCUACGACACUGCGACGCUCAGACACCUGAGUCUCUUUGUUGGUCACUAUGCCGACAUCACGUGUUUAAACCUAAGCUUCGUGGGAGGUCUGGUAACGGGCAGCAAAGACAAGCGCGUCCGUGUCUACGACUUGCGUACUGAGGAGCCACAAUUGAGCCUGCGAGGUCACUCAUCCUCAGUAACAACCGUGCAAAUGGACUCUUGGAAAGUGGUCAGCGGUGCACAGGAUGGUACCCUGAAAGUCUGGGACCUGCGAAUGGGUGGAGUACUAUGGGAGACGCGGGCAUCCCACCCUGUGAGGCUUAGCCGUUUUAAUACUGAACGACUUGUAACGGCUAAUAUUCCGGUAGAUAAAAUACCCCGGGUUAAUAUGUGGUAUGCUGAUGACCUCAUACAACAUCGUAGACACAGGGGUACCGUACAGGUGUAUGAUUUUGGAACGGAAGCUGGUGUAGUUGCCCCGGAAGAAAUGAGAUCGAAUUAUGACGACAUUUCCGGGUAUAAUUAUAAUAUUAAUCUCGUAGCGCC